GGGGAAGAAAUUCGAGAGGCAAAGAAACGACAAGAUCGACGCGAUAUUGUAGAGUAUUUGGAAAAAAUGGUGGAUUUUUUGACCAAACGUGAGAAAUGUCUUAGAGAACGAGGGGCGGUUGAAGAGGCGAAUAAAGUACAGAGGCAAUUAGAUUGCGCAUCUCAGGAAUUGACUCAUAUUUUGUGCGAGACUGUUAGUGGAUAUUAUUACAACGGCGAUAGCGGAGGGCGUGGACUAUCACUCUUGGAAAAAUAA